AUGGAGCGACUUUUGUUCGAUCAAUUGAACAAGGCUACAUUUGAAUUCACAGCACGCUACACACGUGCAGAUGGAACCUUAAUCUGGCGACGAGAUUGGCCAGGAAUGGACGGAUCUGACGAUCCGUACGAAGGUUUUAUGAAUUUGGCGCUUCUCUAUAUCUUAGGUGGAAGUGAUGAGUUGUAUGAUAUUUCUCGUAAAAUUUGGGAUGGCAUCACUUGGCAAUGGACUACAUACCGACAAAUUCAUCGCGAGUUUGAUGCGUAUUAUGAUUGGAUGCAUCAUGGUGAGGCUUACUUAUACCUUUAUUUUCUUGGACUAGCAGGACCAUCAACCUUGAAGGAUCUUCAGAGAGCCUUAUAUUUUGCUGGCAUGUACAUAGGAGAGGAUGAAGAAGCGCAAAAUUAUGAUCAGAAACUUAAACUGAUUCGUUCUCCGAUAACAGGUAGUCGAGGACCACAGUUUGUACUUACUGCCGAGGAUUGGAGUACUCAUCGUGGUAUUUUGGAUAACUAUUUAGCACCUUAUGAAGAUAUUCCAGAUGUCGAUUUUGCUAGUGGCAAAUGUGCCUGGUCGAAUGAUCAAAUAUAUGUGAACAUUAUAGAUUUCAUGAACGAGCGAAUGACUCGUGGUGAUGUGCCUCUUAAUCUAAAUGCAACAGGUCUUGUCACUCACGCAUUUCUUUAUUCGGAUGAAGAAAAAUAUCGUCGUUGGGUACUAGAAUAUCUGAAAGCCUGGAAGGAGAGAACUCAUCAAAAUGGUGGAAUAAUUCCGGAUAACAUUGGCCUAACCGGUAAGAUUGGAGAGUAUAAUGACAGUAAAUGGUGGGGUGGUUACUAUGGAUGGCGUUGGCCGCAUGGAUUCGUGACAAUUAUUGAGCCGCUAACGAAUGCAUGUAUGAAUGCUGUGCUUUUAACAGGAGAUAUUAGUCAACUUGAUCUGGCUCGGCAACAACUCGAUGCGAAUUGGGCAUUGCGUCAGGAGUACGAAGGUCACUGGUUGGUGCCAUACAAACAUGUUGAUGCAGGCUGGACAGAUUAUCGUAGACCAGCACCAAAAUAUCCGAUUUAUUUAUGGAUAAUAUCUAUGGCUGAUGAAGAUUUAGAACGCAUCAAUCGUAUUUCGAAAGAUCAUGACUGGAAUGAAGUAAUUGUUCCAACAGUAUCCGGCGCGGAUAAAAAGACGGGAAGAGAUACAAAACAUUAUAUUGGCAACACACAACCAUGGUUUCAAUAUAUUCGUGGUUGUAAUCCUGAGUAUCCACAGCGUAUAUUAGAUGCCAAUUAUCAAUUGAUUGCACAGCAACUAAAGCGAUUGCGAUCAGAAGCAGGAAAUCCUCUGAACUGGGCUAACCAAUAUAAUGAAGACGAUUUUUCUAGCAUUCAUGUUUGGCAAGAAAUGUGUCCCCUGUAUAUGGAAAGUCUUGUUCAACUCACCUUAGGUGGACCAAAGCAUAUAUCUCAUGGAGGGCUGCAACAUGCACGAGUACGAUAUUAUGAUGCCGAGAAGAAACGUCCUGGACUUCCGCAAUCCAUUGCUGCGCUAGUUAAAGAACUUAAAAAUCAUUCAGUCAUUUUAGAACUGGUCAAUGUCGAUUUGUUUUCACAACGCAUGCUUAUUAUUCAAGCUGGUACAUUUGGAGAGCAUCGAUUCAACGAAGUACAUACCUUGAACGAAGUGGGAGAUGCGAUUGAAACCACGGUGGUUAACCAUAAAUGGCUGGAAGUUGUACUUCCUGCCGGCACUGGAUCAACACUACAACUUAGUAUGGAUCGCUACGUGAACUCACCUUCCUAUGAUAUGCCUUGGUCAGAUCCCGAAAAGAACAUAUAUUUGCAAGGCAGAAAUCUUGUUUCAAAAAGCGAACUCAUUUGA